AUGCCCCCAAAGAAGCAGGCCCCUAGCUCGAGUUCUAAAGUCAAGGAUGACAAGACCUUCGGGAUGAAAAAUAAAAACAAAUCCGCGAAGGUGCAAAAGCAAAUUGCCACCAUAGAGAAGCAACAGCAACAAGCGGGAAAAUCUCGUGCGGUACUUGAGAAGGAGAAGGAAAAGGCGCUGCGCGAGAAAGCCAAGUUGGAAGAAGAGAAAAGGAAAAAGGAGGAGGCGGCGCUCUUUAAGCCUGUCCAAGCCCAGAAGGUACCAUUCGGCGUCGACCCGAAGACGAUUUUGUGUGCCUUUUACAAGGCAGGACAUUGCGAUAAGGGUAAUAAAUGUAAAUUCAGUCAUGAUAUGAAUGUGGGACGUAAAGUUGAGAAGAAGAAUCUGUAUGAGGAUAACCGGGAGGAUAAGAUGACAGACACUAUGGAUAAAUGGGACGAAGAGAAAUUGAGAAGUGUCGUUCUGUCAAAGCAUGGCAAUCCGCGGACCACAACCGACAUCGUCUGCAAAUACUUCAUCCAAGCAAUCGAGACCGAGAAAUUUGGAUGGUUUUGGGAAUGUCCGAACGGGGGCGAGUCAUGUCAAUAUAGACAUGCAUUACCCCCAGGAUUCAUGCUCAAGUCACAAAAGAAGGCUGCGGCUGAUGCUGAGAAAGCAAAUGUAAUCAGUCUGGAGGAAUUCUUGGAAGUUGAGCGCCAUAAAUUGGGCUCCAACUUGACGCCGGUUACGCCUGAGUCAUUUGCUAAGUGGAAACAGACACGGAUGGAUAAGAAGCAAGGGGAAGAGGAGGCACUGCGGAAGGCCAAAGAUGCACAACACGCAGCAGGCAAGAAUUCUGGUAUGAGCGGAAGGGACCUGUUCACGUACAAUCCAGAGUGGUUUGAGGACGAAGACCCGGAUGAUGAAGAAGAAUGGGACUUAGCGAAGUAUCGGAAGGCGAAGGAGGAUGAAGACCUUGCAGCCGAAGAAGAUAGAAUCAAAAAUCUCAACCUGCAGGAUGAAGAGUCAUCAAGGGAUUCGGAAGGUGGUACGAGUCGUGACGACCAAGCCUGA